GGCGGUGUUGUAACGUGCAGGAAGGUCACGCCGAGGCUGUUUUCAUCCGCUAACAAGCGAACAAUGAAGUUAAACUUUUAUAUUUCCGUCCAUUAGCUAACUGGCGAUUAACCGACGGAACCAGUUUAACCGACGGAACCAGGAAACGGGCUGAGUCGCUUUUAAACGGUCCGACGUCACAUCAGCACCUGGACACUUGGACCGCCUAUCAGCCAAUCAGAGCUCUCCGUGUACCUGUCCACUCAGAGACGCCUGAUGAUGAGCCGAGCUCUCCUGGUCGCUCCAGCGUCAGACUGAUCACACCUGGAGGACGCCUGAUCACACCUGCAGGACGCCUCAUCGCACCUGUAGGACGUCAGAGGACAGCGGGUGUCUCCCCCUGAUCUGAGGUCUGCCGGAGUCCGCAUGGCUCGGCACAGUAAGCUGCAGAAGCAGGUCCUGGCUCUGUACCGGCAGUUCCUGCGGGCUGGCCGCGACAAGCCGGGCUUCAUCCCCCGGAUCCGGGACGAGUUCAGAGAGAACGCCCAAAUCAAGAAGACGGACGUGAUGCACAUCGAGUAUCUGUACCGCCGAGGACAGAGACAGCUGGAGCAGCUGCGGGACGUCAACACCAAACAGCUGGGCUCCUUCUCCAAACCGCCAGACAAGAGCUGACCUCUGACCUCUGAGUGACCCCCACAGAUACCUCACAGAGAGAGAGUUCACGCUCCGCCCGCUGUCAUUCCCAAACGCCGCAUUUUAUGGGCGCUUGAAGGAACCUCGAAUGUUGCUGUAGAUCAGUGGUUCCUCACUGGUGCAGCAUAUACACACAUAUAUAUAUAUAUAUAUGUAUAUAUGUGUAUAUAUGCAUAUAUAUGGUUAAAUGAAUACAUUUCCGACAAAAAUUGGCCUCUGUCGGACUUAAUCUGCAACUUUAUUCACAUUAAUUUUCUCAUUAACUUUUCUUGUAAAGCUGUGUAAUUUUAUUUUCAUUAAAUUACAACUUUAUUCACAAAA